AUGGCGCAACAGCGUGGUGUUGACAUGGGCGAGAAGGACCUGGAGAAAUACACGGAGAGCCAGCACGUCAACGCUGUAGAAGAUGAAAUCGACUCCCCUGCCGUCCGCGCUCUCAUCUGGAAGCAAGACCUCCGCAUCAUUCCCCUCGCUGCAGGAAUCUACCUCCUCUGCUUCCUCGACCGCUCAAACAUUGGCAAUGCCAAGACGCUCAACGCCAAUGCGGGUGAAUCGCUGCUCCAACAGACGCACAUGACGAAUUACCAGUACAUCAUUGCGCUCAUGGUGUUUCUUAUUGCAUACGCCAUAUUCGAGGUGCCCAGUAACUACUUCCUCAAGAAAUUGAAGCCGAGUCGUUGGAUUGCGUUCCUCAUGUUGGGAUGGGGUGCGUGUACCAUGGGUCUUGGCGGUGCGCAGAACUACGCUACAGUUACCGCUGUGAGGUUUCUGCUCGGCAUGUUUGAAGCGGGGCUGUUUCCUGGUCUGGUUUACUACCUUACGUUUUGGUACCGCGCUCGUGAAAGGAGUAUGCGUGUUGCCAUCAUCUUGGCGAGUGCAACACUAGCGGGUGCAUUUGGAGGCGCCAUCGCAUACGGCGUCGGGCACAUGAAGGACGUCCACGGUCUCGCAGCUUGGCGUUGGCUGUUCAUUCUCGAGGGGAUUCCGUCCUGUGUCUCGUCAGUCGCAGUGUGGUUUUUCCUGCCCGACUAUCCAGAAGAGGCAUCUUGGUUGUCGACUCCGGAGCGCGAACUGGCUGUGGCACGGCUCGAGAAGGAGGGAUCAAAAGCCGAUGACCCAUCGCUAAACUGGAAGACGGCCAAGGCGACGAUUCUCGAUGCGCGCUUGUGGGUGCAUUAUAUCAUCUACUUUGGCAUCUCAGCGCCAUUCAGUUCUCUUUCUCUCUUUACUCCGACCAUCACUGCGGGACUGGGAUACGAAAACCUCCAAGCACAGCUCAUGACGGUUCCUCCAUAUGCUGUUGCGUACGUCGUUUCCAUCGUUACUGCUUGGUCUUCAGACUAUUUCAAUGCCCGCGCAUUGCAUUCUGCAGUUUUGUCUACCGUGGGCGCCAUCGGCUUCCUCGCAUCUGCGCUUCUUCCCGCAGAGUCAUACCAUGCGCGAUACGGAUGUCUGAUUGUUGCCGCUAGCGGAGCAUUCUCCUGCAUUCCCCCGCUGCUGGGUUGGCUGAGUAGCAACAUGCACAGCACUUCUGCUGCGGGCCUCGCCAUUGCACUCAAUGUCUCUUGGGGCGCUCCAGGCCAGAUCUUGGGAGUGUGGAUCUACAAGGCGAACGAGAAGAAGGACGGUUACCCAACGGGCCAUUGGACAAACUUUGCCAUGCUCAUCAUGGUUGCUGUGGGCUGUGUAGGCUUACGGUUCUAUUAUCAGUGGCGGAAUAAGAGGAUGCAGAGACUGGGUGGAGAUGCAACGGGCAUGGCUAGGGAGUUUAGCUAUUGA